AUGGAGAAACUGUUGCUGAUCCUUUUUGCAACAGUAAUCUCUCUUUUCAUUUCCACAUAUGCCGCAGGAAAUUUCAAUUUCGACGAAGCCAGUCUCCGUCGCCGAUCACCGGACGAGACUUUGUGUAAUCAGCUCAUUGAACCUGCCGGCUAUUCUUGCACCGAACACACUGUACAAACUAAAGAUGGUUACUUGGUAGCUCUUCAACGCGUGUCAUCUUAUAACAAGGAUCUAAGAGGGCAGAGGGGUCCUCCUGUUUUGCUUCAACAUGGACUCUUUAUGGCAGGUGAUGCAUGGUUUUUAGGUUCUCCAGAGCAGUCAUUGGGCUUCAUCCUUGCAGACGAGGGUUUUGAUGUAUGGGUUGGCAAUGUGCGUGGUACAUUUUGGAGUCAUGGGCAUAUAUCCUUAUCUGAGAAAGACAAGGAAUUUUGGGACUGGAGUUGGGAGGAGUUGGCUCUAUUUGAUCUUGCUGAAAUGAUACACCAUGUAUAUUCAGUAACAAGCUCCAAAGUUCUCAUCGUUGGACAUUCACAGGGGACCAUCAUGUCUUUUGCUGCUCUCAUUCAGCCAAAUGUAGUUGAAAUGGUCGAAGCUGCUGCUCUACUGUGUCCGAUAUCAUACUUGGACCAUCUAACUGCUUCUCUUGUGCUCAGAAUGGUUGGCUUACAUCUUGACCAGGUGGUUCUUGCCAUGGGCAUUCAUCAAUUGAAUUUUAGAAGUGAAAUCUUAAUUGACCUUCUGGAUUCCAUAUGUGAUGGUCGUAUAGAAUGCACUGACUUGCUAACAUCCAUAACAGGGAAGAAUUGUUGCUUUAAUAACUCGAAUGUGGACUUCUUUUUUGAAUUUGAACCUCACCCAUCAUCGGCAAAAAACUUGCGCCAUCUCUUUCAGAUGAUUCGUAAGGGAACUUUCUCCCACUAUGACUACGGGAUGUUUAAAAAUCUGAAGCUAUAUGGUCGGUUGAAUCCCCCAGCAUUUGAUCUUAGUCUCAUACCUAAGACAUUGCCAUUAUGGAUGGGCUAUGGAGGCAGUGAUUCUUUAGCAGAUGUGACAGAUGUGGAGCAUACUCUGAAGCAGUUGCAGGGCAAACCAGCGUUACUUUAUCUAGAGAACUAUGGUCACAUAGACUUCCUUUUGAGCACGCGAGGAAAGGAAGAUGUUUACAACAAUAUGAUUGGAUUUUUCAGGUCGUUGGGGAAGUCUAGUAGUUCUUAA